GUGUCUAGCUUGGGCUGGUGUGGUGUAAGCCUCUUCUCAGCCUCCUUCCUGCUGCUGCUGAAAGUAAACAGCAUGGCUUACAGUGCGAAGAUCGGCCCGUCCAUCCUGAGCAGUGACCUGUCCUGCCUGGGCAGCGAGUGUGUAAGGAUGAUGGAAUGUGGGGCAGAUUAUCUGCACCUGGACGUCAUGGACGGACAUUUUGUCCCAAAUAUUACAUUUGGUCACCCUAUGGUAGAGUGUCUGAGGAAGACAGUGGGCCAGGAUCCAUUCUUUGACAUGCACAUGAUGGUGUCACGACCCGAGCAGUGGGUGAAGCCUAUGGCAGCAGCAGGAGCCAACCAGUACACAUUCCACUUAGAGGCCACCACCAACCCUGGAAACCUCAUCAAGGAAAUACGAGAGAGUGGCUUGAAGGUUGGUUUGGCUAUAAAACCAGGUACCACCGUGGAAGAGCUGGCACCUUGGGCGAAACAGAUUGACAUGGCUCUGGUCAUGACUGUGGAGCCAGGCUUUGGAGGACAGAAGUUCAUGGAGGACAUGAUGCCCAAGGUGUCCUGGUUACGGAGCCAGUUCCCUUCUUUAGACAUUGAAGUGGACGGAGGCGUCGGACUUGAAACCAUUCACAAGUGUGCAGAGGCAGGAGCCAACAUGAUUGUGUCCGGCAGUGCUGUGAUUGGCAGCGAUGACCCUCGCUCUGUCAUUGCUCUCCUGCGAACUGCAGUGGCCGAAGCCAUCCAGAAACGCUCACUGGACCGCUGAGGACCGAAGCUGCUCCUGGGUCUCAAAUUCUACCUGUCUGUCAAAGCAGCUCCUCACAGGCAAUGGUACUGGACACACAGGUAAUGAAACCUGAACCACUACGGCUUUGACUGGUGCCUCUGCAGAGUCCAACUAAAGACUUGACCAAACUGAUCAAAGUUAAUCACUCAGAGAAUGGGCUGAACCUACUUUCUGAUACCACAUCUGGUAACAUUCCUGUGUCUUUUGUCUCAUACUGUAGUUCAGCUGAUAAGAUCAGAGUUUCUGGAUAAUUAUUUAAUCAUUAUUGUUUAUUAUUUUCCAACAAUUUACAGACUUAAUGCUGUGUGAGAAGGAAACAACUGUACACAACAUCAAUGAAAUUUGGUUUUGCAUAAAAUUUUGUUUAGCCCAG